AAGUCAGUUCAUGCCACACUUUUACCUUAACUAAAAGUAAAUGUCACCGCAUUUUAAACUUGCCAAUUUAUUUUUUAUUAAUUAUGGAUACGUGUCGAUGUGAAGAGUUUGACAAAAUAGCUGAGAAUAUUAGAGCUUGGGUGCCUGGAUCUAUUCAUCUAAUACAGAAAAUAAAGUGUGUACCCGACAAUGCAGUAUUAAAAUGGAAAAAGACUUUCGAGGAUCCAUUAAGUACUUAUCCAGCAGUAUCAGAAAUUUAUAAACCAACAAUGUGUUCUGCAACAACCACUCCACAUAUGUGUCUAGAAACUAAAUGGAUUCCAGUAGACCCAUGUCUCGUUUCGCUAAGAUUAGUGAAUCAGUGCAGAACCCUCAAAGACAGUCCAUUAUACUAGCCUUUACGUCGACAAAUUACAUGAAACAACAAAGUAAUUUUUCAUUAUUUUUACAAUAAUACGUUAUACAUUAGCCAACAAAAUUCCUUUGUUUAUAGCACCACUAAUAAAUUACAGUUUUUCUGGUAAUUUUCCCACCCACACAUUUAACAGGUAGUUAAAAGGAAAUACAAUUAUUUCACAUCAGUUACAGCAAAUAAAUCAAAAUGAUCUAUUUCUCCAGCUUAGCUAGCCAAAUGAUCGUAAAUGCAUAGGUACUAAAAAUGUGACGUAAUAAAAAGUUCGUACUUUGUAUUUUUACCCACAUUUAAUUAACAAUUAUUGUUAAAACUGUUUGUAAUUUAUA